AUGCCCACGGCCGGCUCCCCGCUGCCUCUCUCCACAUCUGAGAAUAGCAGCUCCGUCUACGACUAUGACUACUCGGACGAUGGGACCAUAUUGGUGUGCAGGAAGGACGAGGUCGUGGCCUUUGCCAGAGUCUUCCUGCCUGCCGUCUACAGCCUGCUGUUUGUGCUGGGCCUGGCUGGGAACCUCCUUCUUCUGGGGCUGUUGCUCCACUGGGGGCCCCGAAGACGGGCAACUGAGCUUUACCUGCUGAACCUGGCCAUCUCCAACCUCCUGUUUGUAGUGACAAUGCCCUUCUGGGCCAUCUCUGUGGUCUGGCACUGGGUUUUUGGCAGUUUUUUGUGCAAGGUGGUGAGCAUCAUCUACACUAUUAAUUUUUACUGUGGAAUCUUCUUCAUCACCUGCAUGAGCCUGGACAAAUACUUGGAUAUUGUCCACGUGCAGCCCCUCCGCAGACCGCAGACCCGGGUCAGGAACCUGCUUCUCAUUGCCGCAGUAUGGACCGUGGCCCUGGCCAUCUCUGUUCCUGAAGCGGUCUUCGUGCAGGUCCACCAGACCACGGACGGUGUGUGGCACUGCUACGCGGAUUUUGGUGGGCAUGCAACCGUUUGGAAGCUCUACAUGCGCUUCCAGCAGAACCUUCUGGGCUUCCUCCUCCCGCUCCUGGCCAUGGUCUUCUUUUACAGCCGCAUUGGUUGUGUCCUGGUCAGGCUGAGGCCGCCAGGCCAGGGCCGGGCUCUGAGGACGUCCGCAGCUCUGGUGGUGGCAUUCUUCCUGCUGUGGUUCCCAUACAAUCUCACCAUGUUUCUGCACUCGCUCAUGGACUUGCAUCUCUUCGGGAGCUGCGAGGUCAGCCACCGCCUGGACUACACACUGCAGGUGACGGAAAGCCUGGCCUUCCUCCACUGCUGCUUCACCCCCGGCCUGUACUGCCUCUGCAGCCGUCGCUUCCGCCAGCGUCUGAAAGCUCUCCUGGCCGCGGUGCUGAGAUGGCACCGGGAACCCGGCACUGCCCAGGCCCCUCCGUCUAGCUGUUCUGAGAGCAGCAGGGUCACUGCCCAGGAAGACAUGGUCAGCAUGAGUGAUCUUGGGGAAAGGCAGGCUGAUGAGUCCCUUAGAAAGGCCGGUGUGGGCAACAGUUAGGCCAAGUGUCCGUGCCACAGUCUGGGACUGGCACCAUGCUCUCUGAUGGAGCAUGGCCGUGCUGCCUGGCCUGUGGUUCUCGGUGCCUGCCAUCCCUGCUCACCACUGCCUCCCCCUCCAUCUGCUUCCAUCACCUGUGCGUCUGCGGCUUCCUGGGCCCCAGCAGCCAGUGAGGUCAUCCCACUCUUGAUUUUCAUCCCUGUAGGGGCCAUUUGGUCAGUCUGUGACCUCAUCUCCUUUGCCCCCCUCCUGGCCCCUGGGUUCAGGGCACACUGGCUUCUUGUGUUUCUGGAGCUCUUCAUGUUCAUUCCUAGGAGGAGCUCAGUGCUGUCAUCUCCCUGGGCAUCUUCCUUCUCAAGACCUGCCCUUGUGAAGACUUUGGCUCAUUCCUUCACUUCUGGGGGUCUUGGUUCCCGUCUCACCCUGCUGGUGAGGGAGGGGCCCCACGCCCACCCUGCUCACUGCCCUGUCCACACAAUCGAUGACCGUCUACACUUACCGCCUUCACUCAGUGCAAGGUUUCUGUCUGUCACACUCCCUGGUGGCUGCCUAAGUCUGGUCCACACAGGGGAGCUGCAGAGCAAGGCUUUCAGUGCCUGUGCGUGCCGAGUUCUGUCCACCCACCAGGGCCCCUUUCUCUGUAGCUCAGGGGGAGUCCACCUCCCUGCCCUGGACAGCAGUCCAGAGUCUGUGGUCUGAAGGCACCGGAGGCGCUGCAGCUGACAGGCAGCCCAGAAGGGCACAGCGGCAGGAAGGCAGGGCAGCCCAGUGCGGCUCUAACCUUGCGACCUCCAGUCUUUCCUGGGGUCUGGCCGUCAGGUUCAAGUUUUCCCUAAACGUUGUAAAACACAUUCUGUGGGGAAGGCAACCCCUGAACGCAUUCUGCUGGGAACACUGGGUAGCCACAUGUAGAAGAUCUCUGUCUGCCAUCGGUACAAAGAGCAGCUAACAAUGGCUCAGAGACUAAUGCAUGACCCAGAGCUCUGAAUCCACGAGGGAAGAACACUCCGGAAACAGCUAAAGGCACCGCAGAGGCAGAGACUGUGUGAGCAGAGCGCCAAUAGCCCUGGGGAGACGGGGACUGCACGAAGUGGCAUGCUCCGUGGCACAGGGACAGUAUUCAUGGCAAGGAGACAGCCUGCAGACCAUCCGGGCAGCUGGCACCUAACAGGGCCAAUAUCUGGUCUGAACAGGGAACAAAAGGUUGAUAAACUCAAAUAUCCAAUUAAAAAAAAAAAAAAACAAAAACGGGUGGGUAAAGGGAACCAACAUUUCAAAA